AUGUGCAUCCUUAGCCAGCUGGCAGGUGAAAGACUUCUGUCUGUGCUGUCAGUGCUAGAAUUGGAGGUGCACUGGACCAGGAAGCUGCAAUUAACAGACAUCCUUGAGAUCACUGAACAAAGCAUGAAUGACCAGAUGCCUCAGACCGAAGGAGGUUUACUGUGGCAUCUUCCAGAAAAGAGUGAUUCCUCACGCUCUCUGGAUGUUCUCUGUACUGUUUUGCAUUCCUCAGACAGCUUCCUGCAGCAGGAGCUCAUCUCCAAAAUGGCCAUAUGCCAGUUUGCUCUCCCACUGCUGCUCCCUCCCCUUGGCACCCACCAGUGAACCCUCCUGCUCUGGGCCAUGAGGGGCGCUGAAACUGCAGAUGGGCUGGUACAAAUUUCCUGGUACUUCCCUCGUGGGAGGGAGAGGUCUGGUCUCUUCCCAGAGCCCCUUCCAGUUAUGAACCUUUGCAGAGCUUGGUGGGCGAUCGUUGUGAAAAAUGUCAAGACUGGAAGCAAGCUGGCCACAGAGGUCACUUCUGGAAUAGCACAUAUGGGAAAGUACAAACAGGAUAUGCUGCAGUUGCAGGGUGAGCUCUGGAAGAACUUGGCCAGAGUGGAGAAAGAGCUGUGCUGGAUGAGAAAGCUGGGAGACAUUACAACCAAAGAUUACAAAUCUCAGCUGACAGAGAAAAUACAGAACCUAUAUAUAGCAGCCAACCUGAUGCUGGAAGGAGUUUCUAAGGAGCUGGUGGAUGGAGAAGCCUCCAGUAUCCCACUGCAGUGGGUGGCUGAUGUGUUGGCUCAACUCCACACCAAGCUGUGGGACAAGUCCAGGCUGGUGUUGCUGGCUGUGUUGAGUAUGCAGAGCACAAGGAAAUCCACUCUUCUCAACACCAUAUUUGGCCUGCAGUUUCCUCUUUAA